AUGGGUCUGACUUUACCCAUGAUUAUAACAGUCGAGAGACUAGUGGUCAUUUUCUUACCUAUGAGUUUCGACCGAGUGAUAACACCUACUCGGACCUGGCUAGCUGUUGUAGGGGUGGCUGUUUAUUGGCUGUCCAUUUUCUCCUACACCAGUUUCUGGCAAGUUCUAGAAUUUGACGUCGACAAUAUGACAAAGAACUUAUUUACCUACUCGGCCAUGGUGGCCCCACCAAUUUUCACGGUGGCCGGUUCUUUGGUGAUCUCAGUUCGAAUUCAAAUGAUUUCAUCAAAACGAAAGAGCUUGACUUCAACCAUUCGCUCGACCAACCAAACCACAAAGACACUUCUUGCUGUCAAUGCCGUCUACUGCUUCACCGCUGUAGUUAUGUCACUGCCGUUGUAUAUACCAGAGUACGCCUCCUACUCACUUACGGACGAGAAGCCGUCCAACAUCGGCAGAAUAUCUUAUCAGUUGCAGAACAUAGCGGUCUGUUUGAAUAGCUCCAGUAACUUUGUGGUCUAUGUGGUUUUUAACUCAAAGUUUAGAGACACUCUCAAAGGCUUUUUUCAAUGGUGUGAAGCAAAGUAA